UUUUAUGAGUUUUUUUGGAAUAACGUGGGCUUGACUUUUCUGGCAACGAAUAGAGUGGGCGCCCACAUGAUUAGAAUAUGACAUCACACCUCCACUCCUCAUAACUUCCUGUUGCGAUGCCUGCACCUUAGAAAAAAGGCAUUAAAAAUGUCUCAAGAUGGUGACUUUGCGGGAAAUAGCUCGGAGAAGUUGCUACCGGUGAAUAAUAACACAAGAAGGGAUCUGCCCAUUAAUAAUUUGGGGGGACACAGACUUCAUCGCUCCUCAGUAAGGCCCUUUUUCUGCUGUGGUAGUCAACUGUCUUUAAAUAGCAUAACAGAUUUCAUUGAGGCAUCGGAUCAGUCAGACUGUGACGAUGGCUUAGACCUCAUGACAAAUUUAUCUCUAUCCAAAAAGACGCAAAACAGACGCAAGAAAAACAAUGAAGGACGCAAGAAAUUCUGGACACUGAAACUAAGAGGUAAACUGCAUGUCCCCAAAAGAUCCACGUACAAUACAAAUGAAAGUGACUCUGCAGGGGGCAUCGUGUGCACUUCAUACAGAAAGCCUUCAGAUGAAAAUGAGAGCGGUGCGGAACAAAGUGCAGGUGCUUCAGCACAACCUCAGGAAGUGUUUGUAACUCUACGCCCUAUAAACUAUGAUGAACUAUACCCCACUGAGGACAUCGAUCAGAGAAGAAUCCGCCAGAGGGCGCAAGAAAUGGAGGAGGGAAUAGAUGUACAGAGUGCCUGUAUCCUCAUUCCUCAACCUGUCGAAUCCUCAUCAGAUGAGGAAUAUGACUGCCCUCAACCCUCACCACAAAGAAACAGUUACUCCUCAUUUCCCGAGUCCUGGCCCUACGGGUCCUUCUCAAUGCUACCCACACAUUCCAACAAUCUUCCUCCCCCUACUGUCCGCCCACAUUCCCAAGUGGAUUUCAUUCACUGUCUGGUCCCAGAUAUCGCCAGCAUUACAAACUGCAGCUACUACUGGGGUGUAAUGGAUCGCUACCAGGCUGAAAAGCUACUGGAUAAAAAGCCAGAGGGAACCUUUUUGCUUAGAGACAGUGCACAAGAGGAGUACCUGUUUUCUGUCAGUUUCCGACGCUACGGCCGUUCCUUGCACGCAAGGGUCGAACAGUGGAAUCACAAAUUCAGCUUCGAUUCACACGAUCCUGGCGUCUUUGCCUCCGAGACUGUGUGUGGACUGAUUGAACAUUAUAAAGAUGCCAGCGUUUGUAUGUUUUUUGAACCAAUGCUUACCACACCUCUGCAUCGUACAUUUCCUUUUAGUCUUCAGCACAUGUGUAGAUCGAUUAUUUGUGACCGGAUAUCGUAUGAUGACAUUAACAUUCUGCCCCUUCCUCGUCAGUUGCGAGACUACAUGAGGUACUAUCAUUACAGGCAAAAGAUACGCACUCGAAGAUAUGACAUGGCUUAGAAAGUCUUUUUCUUCAAAGUUCGAAGUUAGAAGAGGCAUUACACUUUGUGUCCAGUUUUGAUUGUACCCAGUUAUUUAGACUAGUGCAUAGUUGACAUGUUUUUUUCAUGUGUAAAGUAGAUUUCAGCAGCAUGUAAAAUUAUUUUUAUAUCAUGUUUGUUGAAUUAAAAUAAAAUGUUUCUUGCACCCUUAUUUUCAAGGGUAUAUUUGGAAGAAAUUGUUUACAUUAGUUAGAGCAUUUUAUUGACUGUGGCAGAGAGAGAAUUUUGGGCAUUAGUCAAAAAUAAGUUUAUAUUCAAUUAGUUCAUGAUCUAAUCCUAGAAACUUGGGAUUGUUUUGUGCAUGAGACAUCUUGCCUUGUCUCUUCUUUAAUGAACUUAAUUAAAAUGUUGGCAAGCAACUAAUGUAUAAUAUAUUUGAUAUAGGGUAGUGCUGGUAUUCCCCUUACUAUUAUUGUAUUUUUGAAUUGUUUGAACAUAUCAUUAAAAUCAAGCAUUAUUAAAUGAAGGUGAUGUGUAAUUUAACCAAAACAAACAGUUUGUGCAAUUAUGAAAAUGACAUGUUCUGAGAAAUUUCAAAAAGUUUUUUUUUUUUUGGUCAUUAAGCCAUAUGACUUGGCUUCAUUUUAAAGAUUGGUCAAUAUCAAAGUUAAUGAAUUAAAAACAUUUGAUCUGCUUACAGCCAAGUAAUUUGUGAUACAUGAUGAUGUAUAAUGCACAUAUAGAUCUACAAGCAUGAGAGGUUUAGGACUCAAAAGCAUUUAUAUAUUUUUAGGAAAUCUUUAUUUUCAGAAUGGCCAAGUGUAAGGUAUACAUUUAUAUAUAUAUAAUUAUGUGUGGCAGAAUUUUCCUCUAAUGAGGCUUUUGAAAUUUUAAAUACAAAUGGACUGUACCAAGAUUUUUUUUUUUUUAAAUAUUUUUCUUGUUUACUCCAUCUUGUACAUGUCAGCAUAUUUCCUCAAUUUCAUAAUAUUCCUUGUACAUGUUGUACUUUACUUGGAAAAAAAAUGUUUCAGUGCUAUUUUUUGCUUUACAGUUACCCACUCAUUGUGGAUUUGUAUUUCCUUUAAGCUUGCUUCCCUGUCUUCUAGUGUUAAUUUCCUUCAAUACAAGAAUUCAGUAUGGUGAUGUCAAAUAUGCACUUGUGUCAAAAAGAAUUUAGAAAAACUUCAAGUGGACUGCAAAAAAGCUAAAACUAAAUUUUAAGAUUUUCAUUUCUCUGUCACUUUCAAAAUUUUGUCUCAUUUUGCAUCUCUUUCUAGGAGCAUGAUACUGAUCACAUCCACUGGAUGCAAUGCAAAAUUUGAGCAUUUUGUUUAAAUUCAGAAUUAUUCGUAAACAUAUAAAUCUAGCUACAUAUGUAUAAAUAGACAUCUUGAUGUGAUGCAAAAAAUUGAGCAUGUAAUUUUAAAUUUGUAAACAUACAAAUCAUGCUGUAAGUAGACUGUACUUAUGCCAGACAGUGGAGGUUUUAAGGUAUGUUAUCCCCUCUCUUCAUUCAUACAAGAUUUUGCUUAAAAAUAUUUAAGAAUGAUUUUACUGGAAGAAGUUCGAUUUAUAAUAAAAAUGCACACAAUUUUAGCAUAUUUUGCAGAAGGAAAAAUUGACAGAAACAUAAGUUUUUAAAGAAAUAUUACUGGUAACUAUGUUGUAUCAGGCAACUGAGAGUUAUCUCUCUUAUCAAAGGGUCAACAAGCCUUAAGGAUCUUUAUAUAUAAUACAAAUACAUGUACCAAUAUAAUUUUUCAAGAAACUUAUUUACAGGUACAAAUCUCAAUGUCUCUUUCCCUUACAUAUAGAGUUUGGGGUUUGUGUCAACAGGAAUUGGCACCUGUGUAAAGCAUCAUAAUUUUUUUGGCUUAGAAUUUGUGCAUGGUUAUUGAGUUACAGCAACGUAGUAAUCAGUGUAAGACCUUUAUAAAUAGUGCAAUAACAUUAAAUCCUCACCCCCAGCGAUGUGCUGCUUUAUAUAAGUUGGUUGUUUAUGUAUUGUGCCAUUGAUAACAAAAAAUAAAUUAGCUUGUCAUGGU